GUCGCCAACUUAUCCCUGGGUGAAGAAGAAGAGGUGGCAAUGUAUAUACCCAAGGAUGACCAGGAAGCCGCUAUAAGAGCUUGGGAAGCAGAGGAAGAUGUCAUAAAGCGGCAGGCGAUGGAAGAUGAGAAGAGGAUGGAGUGGAAACUGGCAGUGAUGAGCGAGAAGAAGAGAAGAGUGGACGUGGCAGCGGAGGCGGCAGAAGAAUUAGAAGAGGUGAAAAAGAUAGAAGAGCAAUUAGCCGCCCAGACUGAACUCCCAAAGAAAAUGGAGGUCAUAGCCCGAAACGUUGCACGCUUAGCACGCAUUCAGGCAGAGCAAUAUGACUUCAGUAGGAGUCAGCAUAUCGCCGUGCGUUCAAUACGAUUGGGCUUUCGGGACUUUGCUCGUGAGUUGGUAGGCGCUGUAGGAGCCGAGGUGGGCCACCACCUCGACAAGACUGAGCGGUUUUGUGCUGGCGCCAUUGAGGGUGUCAAGGCGGCAGCUCCCAAGGAGGAGGAACCGCGUCCGCAUCAGCAAGUUCUAAUUGCGAUCCACGCACUUAGAGAUGAGGCCGCCAGUUUCGCAAGGUCCCUUGUUCGCGCUGCCAACUGCAGUGACGAUCCAGUUGCGUAUUCCUCGUUCACUCCCCUCGCUGAAUUCUUGAAGUCGCUGUGCGAGCGAUUUGCUGAUGUCGCUCGAAGUGUCAAAGCCUCGGACGAGCUCCAGACGAUCCAUGCCCGUAAGUGGAAGAGUGUCAGGGCACUCAAGAGCACAAUGGACGAAUUAGUAGUUGUCCCUGACCACGGGGUUACAGACACCCAGUUGGUUGCCCUCUUCUAUAGAGCGAUGCCCGAAGCUUUUCGCGGGCACUUCUUCGCGAAGAGCGAAGACCCUGCCACCACUUAUGAUUCCCUUAGCCGUGAAGUGGUGGCCUUUGAGGCAAAAUCUGUGUCAGUCUCCACCUUCUGGCACAAAGAUUUGGAUAAGGGAAAGCAAUGGAAGGGCCGCACUAUCUCUGGGAAGGUGAAGACUAAGGAUAGCCUUGUCCUAACUCUAGAUGAGGGUAGUGUGGAUGAGAUACCCUACGAUCAGAUUGAGUGGGGGUUAGAGGAGGAGGACAGCGGUGUGGGCCAGGGGAGAACUUACGCUGCUGUCGCGGCUGGAGGGAGGCCGCAAGGAGGAGGACGAGGCCAGGGCCAAGGGGGCCGGGCCUCAGGGAGCCGGUUCCAGGGCGACCAGGGGGUUGGCGGCAGAGGAGGAAACCGCCAAGUGGGAGGAAGGGGUCAAGAGGAUUACGUAGAGGGAGUCCAGGCGUAUUUUCGCCUAGAGAAGGAUGGGAAAGUGGAAAAGGUCCUCCACUCCCUGACUCUCCUCGUAGAAGACAGCCUCCCAUUUGAUAUUGUUCURGGRAUGGAUUGGGGAGAGGCAGCCGGGGCCACGCUCCAUUUGAAGGAGCACGAGUGUAGGAUCCCUAGUUCUUCAGGCGAGGCCAAGACUGCCCACCUGUUCCAUGUGUCAGGAGUAGAGAAUCCCUUGGCACAUUGCUGCCUUAGUGCUCCUGCGUUCGCCAGAUUAGUGAAAAAGGAGAAAUUGGAGGAACAGGUUUUUGUUGCCUAUGUUAGGCCAGUGACUGAGCCUACGGAAGAAAAGUCGAUGAACCCUGCGAUUGCCAAGCUGCUGGAAGAGUUCAAGGACCUAACUGAGCCGCCGAUAGGAGUGGUACCGCGGCCCAUCCAACACCGCAUUGAGAUAGAGCCUGACAGUAGAACUCCUAAGGGCGCCGUGUAUAGGAUGUCCCCACGGGAGUUAGAGGAGCUUCGCAAGCAAUCAGACGAGCUCCUCGAGAAGGGUUGGAUUAGGCCCAGUUCGUCUCCUUUUGGAGCGCCUGUUCUCUUUGUUCCCAAGAAAGAGGGAGAGCUGAGAAUGUGCAUAGACUAUAGGGUGUCUCUUCAUAAUGAAGUGGCGUCUCUUGAGCAAGCAGAGCUUCCAGAGCAGUUCAUAACAAAGCACGACAGAGCAGAUUAUAGCAGAGUGGAGGAGAGUAGUGUAGAGCAGGGUAUAGAAGACUUAGAAAAGAAGAGGAGCAGAGCAAAGCAGGGACGUGAAGAGCAGGAAAGUGCGGAGUGGAGAAGCGUAGAGGAGAUAAGAGUAAAGAAGAGUAGACUAGAGGGGAGUAGACAAACGUACAGUGGAGGAGAGAAGAGCAGAGUAGAGUAGAGUAGAGUAGAUAAAGUAGAGUAGAAUAG